AUGCCCAACAAGAAUGGCUAUCUGCCCCUAGGCCAGGACGAACAGGAUACUCCAUAUGAGGAACAGGAGUCACAGGAAGGAGCCGACGACACCAGGACUCCUGCUCAGACACACAACACAAACCAUGCGCAAGCUGAACACGAAGGAACACCUCAGCGCCAGGGCACCGUCACACUGGACAGGCAAAGCAGCAACAAUGAUACCCGGCAGUCUUCUGCUGUGGCUGUCUCUAAGCACCAGCACCAGCAGCACCAGCAGCAGCAGCCCACUCUGUCUACCACGACUGCGACCGCGACCGCGACUGCGCCAACAAUCCAGCAGUCGACUGUCACCACCAUCCAAACCUCACAGGUGCGACCCACGCCCUACAUGACCGUGUCUGCGCCAGUGGCGGGAACAGAACACUCGAAUUCGUCCACGUUUCAGUUCACUGGCUUUGGCACCAAGCACAAGAGUCUCCUCGGCACCAAAGACAAACCCUCAAUGUCCUCCUCCUCCAACAGCAACGGCCACAGCAGCUACAGCUCUGGCUCAGCCUAUGCCCGAUUGACAGGAUCGAACCCAGACGACAAUAGUAGAGCACCAGGGGGAGGAGGCCCAGGUCUGGCCCAUCUUCGUCCUAAGCAGCAUCCGCACACGACCCACUCGGGUCCACGGGGGAUCGAAGAGUCGCAGAAACGAGAGGUCCUGCGGGAGAUCCGACCGGACCCACAUAAUUUACCAGAGGAGCUCUUACGGGAGCAGGCCAGGAGUGGUGCGGCCGUGGAUGCGAUUGCGAACGGCGGUCUCUAUCCACAGGACGGCGGGAUCCAUCCGCUUACGUUACCUGGUAGCCCCGGCAGUAAUCCAGCGGGCCAUGUCACAGGAGCGGGUAUAGAGAGGAGAACGCUGCUUGGGGCGGGCGACGGUCUGGGUCUGGGGAUCGGGUUGGGAGGCAAGGCCAACACACAUUCCUCCAGAUGGAACAGGCCGUCGGGCCGACGGCAACGGCGUGUACCGAGCUCGGGACUGGGGCGAGAGUACGAUCAGCGAGUGAUUCAGUCCUCGGUGUUUACGCCCGUGCUGGAAUCCGUGGACGGUAGACAGCCGGUGAAGUCUGCUCCAGCACUUACGCCGGACCAUGCGGAAGCCAUGACGAGCGAACGUUUUGUGUCGAUCGUGAAUUCUGUAAAGGAGGCGAUCCAUUCCGGGAUCCAACCACUCCGGAUUGCGCAGGGAUCGUCUGGGUCGUACUUUUGCAGGAACACGGAUGGCAAGAUUGUCGGGGUGUUCAAACCCAAGAACGAGGAGCCCUAUGGACAGCUGAAUCCUAAAUGGGCUAAAUGGAUCCACCGGAACUUGUUCCCAUGCUGUUUCGGACGUAGCUGCUUGAUCCCGAAUCUUGGAUAUAUCUCUGAGGCAGCAACAUCACUUGUGGACCGUCGACUGAAACUCAACAUCGUGCCGAGUACAGAGGUCGUCUGGCUGUCGUCCUCUGCUUUCCACUACGAUUACCUGGACAGACGGGCGGCCAAGCUCCAGAAGGGCGCGAAGCCAUUGCCGGAUAAGGUCGGAAGUUUCCAGUUGUUCCUGAAUGGCUUCAAGGAUGCGAAUCUGUUUAUGAGGGACCAUCCUUGGCCCGUGGAAUCGGCCGCCGCCGUCGCCUCUGUGGGGGAUGCCAGUGGUGCCAAGGGGAAAUACUCGUCCGCAUGGAGGCGGUCAUCGCCUGACAGCGCACAGAACUUGCAGGACACGGAUGGGGCGAGUACUUAUGGAAGCAUUACAGGGUCAGCGUACGGUGGAUUGGUUGGUGGACAGGGCUAUGGGCUCGACAAACCGGGGUUUAACUGGACGCCACCAUUACAGCAGCAAUUCCGGGAGCAGUUUGAAAAGAUGAUCAUUCUGGAUUAUCUUAUCCGCAACACAGAUCGUGGAUUAGACAAUUGGAUGAUCCGGUACUGCGAAAAGGAGGGCAUCUCUAUUGUGGCGAGUCCCCUGAGUGCGGUUCAAAAGGGCAAUAUGCAGCAACAGGCAGAUACCAGACGGAACUCGAGGAUAGGCGACUUGUUGGGCUUGAGCUCCGAUCGUGGAUCGCUCCGGUCCCUGAGCUCAUCUCUGCGCGAGAGCGGAGGUCGUAAUGGCAUGCUGGCCACCCCUCCCGGGACACCACCACGGUCGAACCUAUCCCAGGCGCCGACCUCCGGAGUCGACCUAGUGCAGGACGAGGACACAGGGGGGAGCAGUUCUAGAUCAGGAUCGCCCGAGGGAGACAGCGCUGCAGGGCCAUCCAAACCAUUGGACCCUGCUGCGUCGAUAGAGUCGUAUUAUGGGUCCAACCACGUCCAUGUGGCGGCCAUCGACAACGGUCUUGCUUUUCCGUUCAAACACCCAGAUUCGUGGCGGUCGUAUCCCUAUGGCUGGCUCUUCUUGCCCCGUCAUCUCAUUUCCCAGCCCUUUACUAAGGCCACGCGCGAUCACUUCUUGCCUCUGCUGUCCUCGCCUGUUUGGUGGCGUGAGACGAUCGCGGACCUGAGGAGGCUAUUCAGCAUCGACAGUGAUUUUGACCAGGGGAUGUUUGACAAGCAGAUGGCGGUCAUGAAGGGACAGGGCUGGAAUAUUGUCGAGACGCUGAAGAAUCUGGAGCAUGGACCCAUGGAUCUAUGUAGACGUGUCGCGCUGGUCGUAUGGGAUGAGGAAGUGACGUUGGAGCCAGGGGUGUCGCCCUCGAUGCUGAAUCGGUUGUCAGGACAGCUUAGCACGGAGGGACCUGGUGGAGUGACGUAUACGAAUGCACAACCCAAGGCGAUGACGAUGGACGCGUCCAAGGCCAGCUACACACAUUACGGCAGCAUCAUGAGUGUUGGCGAUCGAUUGUCGACGGCCAAGACGCUCUCGACGUCCUCGACGGCGAUCGGGGAGGGGACGCCGUUCCUGAAGUACGACCAUUUGCAGGCCAAACAGGGGUCGUUGCAACACCUGGUGAUUGAUAUGGAGGAGGACGCGAUGUCGCAGCCGAGGCAUGACAGCUUCCGGCAGGUGGUCAGCGAUGGGGAGUACGACGACGACGAUGAUGAUGAUGAUGACGAGGACGCGUUCUCGUAUGAUGAGGAAUACGAUGAUUUCGACGAGGAGUUGGAGGUCGGUAACUCUGGGUUCCGUCAGGCUGUAGGGUCAGGGUCUCAGACGUUGGCUCCCGUAUCGGUCGGGGAUAUGGUCUCGAUCGACAUGACGCUGACGAAUCCGGAAGCGGCUCGGAGUCAUCGUCGACGGGCGAGUCAGCAAAGUGAGGAAGGGCGGUCCCGGUCACGGCGGCGACAACGCAGUAGUAGUGAUGCUGUACAGAGUGGUGUUCGUACGCAGGAGAGGGAGGAAGGGGAGGAGGAAGGAGGAGGAGGAGAAGAUCCGCGGUCAGGAGCGGGAUCACCGAGGUUAGGGAAUAAGAAGAGUCAUCAACGGAGUAGGACUGAGCAGGAUCAUCGGACGGGUACGAUCCGCUUCGAGAGCACGGCCUUGUCGCCGUCGGUGGAUAGGAGUAGGGCUGAUUCUGGAGAUUUGGAGAGCGGGUUGUUGAAUACGUCGUCCAAGGGCAGGGACCCGUUCAAGUCACCGGAGGAUGAUCGUGUGGCCCACCGCACAGCAGGAGCAGAAACAGCAAGGGCAGAGGAGGAGGGGCGGGAGCGGGAGCAGGAACAGGAGCGUGGACGUGGACGUGGAGUCUUCGCACGUGGGUAUGGCGCGAUAUCGAGUCCUGGAGGCGACAGCAACGACAGCAACGAUGUUAAUAAGAAGUCCGAUGACGGUGACGACGAACACGGGCUGAGCGGGCGGCCGAGAUGGGCGGAUCGACUGAAGCGGGGGCUGAGUUUCGAUGGACAUUUGUUGGUGGGGGGGAUCGGUCAGGCCGCACGGAGGGAUCGGAAGCUGAGGAAGCAGCGGCAGCGGGAGAGGGAGCUGCGGGAGCGGAGGGUGAUCCUGGUGGAGAGGAUUGAGCCUGUGACGAAGAACUUGCCGUACUUUAAGUGGUGGUAG